AUGAUUUUCUUUCUAAAUGGGGGUGCUAGAACUGAAAAGACCUUUUUGUACAAUACUGUUGCCACGAAAUGUCGUAGUCUUGGACACGUCGUAGUCAGCGUUGCUUCAUCUGGUAUCGCUUCAUUAUUAUUAGUAGGAGGUCGCACUGCACAUUCAACAUUUUCUAUUCCAUUGGAUGUGUUGGAAGACUCAUUUUGUUCGUUUAGCAAGCAAUCUUUACAGGCAGAGUUGUUUAGAAAAACAAGGUUGAUUAUAUGGGAUGAAGUUCUUAUGCAACAUGGAUAUUGUGUCGAAACAGUUGAUCGCAUACUUCAAGACAUUUGCGAUAAUAAUAAGCCAUUUGGGGGUAUCACUAUUGUUCUCGGGGGAGACUUUCGACAAAUUCUACCAGUUAUACCAAAAGGAGUUUGCGAGCAAAUUAUGGGAGCAUCGUUAAGACAUUCUGUACUAUGGAAUGGUAUGCACAUUUUGACAUUGAGUUUGAAUGUGCGCUUAAAUAGCAUAGACCUUGCGAAUUCAAAUUUUGCAGAAUUCUUGAAUGAGAUUGAGACCAAUCCAGAAGAAGUAGUAGAGCUUCCGUCAACAAUACAAAAAUGCAGAACCGUUAGUGAGUUGUUAUUUACUGUGUAUCUGCAACUGGAUGUAGUGGGUACCAUAACACAGACCUUCCUUAAUGAACGCACAAUUCUGUCCGCCCGAAAUGAUGAUGUUAGUUACAUCAAUCUUGCAGCAUUGAAUGUUUUUCCAGGGGAUACCACCACUUAUUUUGCAGCUGGCAAAAUGUCAUUUGAUGAUGCACAUAAUCAUAUUAUCACAAACUUGUAUCCUAAUGAGUACUUGAACUCAUUGAAUCCUUCUGGUUUGCCUCCUUUUAAAUUGGACUUGAAAGUUGGUUGCCCAAUAAUGUUAUUGAGAAAUAUCGCUCCAAAGGCUGGGUUGUGUAAUGGCACUCGAUUAAUGAUUGUCAAUUGUGUAAAUCGCAUAAUCGAAACUCAAUUUUAA